CCAUUUACAGCUGAACAAUUUCAUUCAAAGCAGCUCACAACUGUUCAGACGGUCACUGUCAUUGUUUCCUCUGGCUCUGAAACUUUAUGCAUACAGCUUGUUCAAAACAUCAAACACAAAGCUGCCAUGAGUUCUUUAAAUGCAAGUUUUGUUCAGAAUAUGUCUAUUGUUCGUCCUGAAUACUUUUUCAUCACUGGACUUUCAGGUAUACCGUACAGCAGUUAUUACUAUAUUUUUUUAUUUAUUGCAUAUUUUAUUGCUGUAAUUGGGAACUCUAUAGUCCUUCUCAUUAUAGCUCUUCAACGAAGUCUGCACAGUCCAAAGUACAUUGGUGUGUUUAACUUGGCCUUGGCUGACCUUGGUGAAACUAAUGCAGUGAUUCCUAACAUGAUGAAGAUUUUUUUUUCUGACUCACAGUACAUGUCCUACAAUGCUUGCCUGGCAAACAUGUUUUUUGUGAACUUCUUUAUUACUGUGCAAAGUGCAACUCUUGUUGUUCUGGCAUUUGAUCGCUUCAUUGCAAUUUGUUUACCAUUAAGAUAUCAUGCCAUAGUCAAUAAUACUGUCAUAUCUUUAGCGUUUAUAGUAUUAUGGGUGUUUAACACUUCUCUGGUGGCUCUGGCAGCGUCUUUGAUGACCAGACUUUCAUUCUGUAAAUCUAAUGUGGUACAGAGUUUUUACUGUGAUUAUGGACCACUGUUAAGGUUGGCAUGCAAUGACAACAGCAUUAAUGCAUUCAUGUACAACUUCAUCGCAGCUAUGUUCCUUGUAGCACCAUUGUUCAUUAUAUUCCUGUCAUAUCUGGGCAUUUUUUCUGCCUUAAGUAAAAUUACAACUUGGGAAGCACGUUUAAAAGCAUUGAAGACAUGUGUUUCUCACCUUUUGUUGGUUGGAAUAUUUUUUUUUCCUAUAAUAUGCAUGUUCAUUGCUUCAUCAAUUACUACUCUCACUCUCAAUGCCAGAAUAAUCAGCACAUCUCUUUCAUUUACUCUUCCACCAAUGUUAAAUCCCAUCAUUUAUGUUUUAAACACAGCUGAAAUCAGAGUCCUAAUUCGAAAACUGCUUAAAAACAGAAUUAUCCCAAAUAGAAAGAACAUUUCAAAAUGACUAUAAUGGCUGUUUGUGUUCUUCCAUCAUUAGGAAUUAAAUGACCUGUAUGAAAAACUAAAUAUAUUUUUUUCAUAAAUAUUUUUUAGAUUUUAUGAGCAGAAAAUAGUUAAAUUCAUUCUGUUACACUCCUAACAUGUAGAGUGGGUAUUAUGUGAGACUUAAUGUGUGUUGGU